CGGUACUUCAAGGCGGGCAAUUUUGAAACUAGCUACUCUUAAGUUAUCCAGUCGUAAUUUUGCAUUACAUCGAUUUUGCAUUAGUUAUUAGUUGCCUAGUUAAAUUGUGUGAUAUAUUUAUUUGCUAACUAAAUAAUUGUUUUUUUUCUCAUUUCGUAAGUUAGCUAGCUUGUUGUCGUUAGCUACUAGCCAGCUAACGUUAAUGUGCAGUCUUGCUAGCUAGCUAACCAGCCACCGAAUUAAUGUAUUAGUAAAUAAGUUGGACAGACGGCAAGGAUGAGCAACGAGACACCUCAAACAUUUUUGUCUGGUCAGUAUGUUCGCUAUUUUGUUCUUUAUUUCUUAAUUUAGAGAAGUGCUUCUGUUUCGUGCUUGCCUGUAACUAGCAGAUGUGUGGUUCACUCCAAAAUCAAAUGUUUUAAUGGCGAGAUGAUUCUCACUGUCAGUCAAAUUGUCAAAUGUUAUCUAUUGUGUAGACUCAGUUAGACAGCUAUGCCCCAAUCUCAAAUCAAUGGGGAAGAUGGGCAUAAUUUAUUUCCAUAAUUUUAAUGUAUAUCUUGCCCAUGUCUUUUCAUAUUGAGGCAUACAGCUGGAUCUUCACAACGGAUGGAUUUGAAGAUGGACUCCUCUCGACAUUAGGCCAAGCUUUUAGAUACAAAAAAAAUAUAGAAAAAAAAAUACUGUAACUUUACCAGUCAAGGGACCAGUGAAGUCAUGUUGCUAACUAAAGAUCUCACAUCAUUGUUAGCUGUAUAAAGGGAUGCCGGUGUUGAUGGUUGGGCCAUUCUUUGUCUUAUCAUACCAGAUUCUACCAGCCAACCACGAAGGAGGUCAGCGCGGUUGACCUCUCCAAAUCAAAAUGUCCCCAACUCGGUAAGUAGUACCUUUGUCACCAGCUAGACACCACCAGUCUUUCUGAACCAGUAACAUUUCAAUUGACCUAUUGACAUAGUCAAACUGCCUCCUGCAAACAUCUUCAGUAUUGUCAGUGCUUUGUCUAAGGAUAUAUAAUGUUACUGUAAUCCACAGGCUCCUACAAACGCCAUGAAACGCAGCAUCACUGUGAGGAAGAUUGCACCCAGGAAAACACAAUUCAAUGUAAGUUGAAAGAACACAGCUAAUUAUUUUCCAGAAUAAGCUGCAUAGUUUUAAAAUGUUUGGUCCUGCUAUUUCUUAUCAGCCCAGUCAUAUGUGCACAAUUGCUUUUGUUUCAGGUACUCUCAAAUGACAACAAAGAAAAUGAACAAAGAUUGUCUGAAGGCAGUCAGAAGAAGACCAAAAUUUCUACCCCAGGACCUGCCCAGGUUCCUCCACCAAAAGCCACCAUGCUCUCCCCGAUCUUGGCUCCCUCACCACCCUGUCCCCAGGCUGCAGCGGACCCUGAGGACUCGGCAUGGUCACAGAAGGUGCGUCGGUCCUACAGCCGCCUAAGCCUAGGGGAUAGUUCGUUUGAGCAUCCGCAAGGCCAGGCCGUGUCCUCCCCAUCUCCUCUGCGUCGGGAGACCAUGUUUGGGUUUGAGAAGCUUCAGACACCCCAGGUUCUCCGCAAAGUGGAGCAGUCCAGGGUGGGCCCUGAGGCCUCCAGGUCUCUCAGUGGGGUCAGCUCCUUCACCCUGCUAGAAGGGGACGACAGUGCUGCCACUGCUCCCGACCCUGAGCCAGAUGUCAACAUCCCUGGAGUCGCUAUGGUAAAGGAGAAGAGGAGGAGGAGGAAGAAGGUUCCUCAACUAAAAGUAAGUGAGAUCAUAACUGUAAUUAGCGGAUACUCACUGCUCUCAGGGCAGGUCUGCCAGGUUUUGACUAGCAGAAAUGACUACGCAGCUGGUUAGGAGAAUUAUGAAUAGGGUUAGCUAAAAUACUAAAAUUGUCCGCAACUCCAACAUAUCUAGCUACAACUACCCUGAAAACAGUCUUGGUUUCCAAUAAUGAGAUUCUGUGAGAAAAGAGGGCAUAUGGAUAGUCAACUUAACCGUAGUAGACUACAGUGUACAUUACCACCAUCAAGAUAUGAUAAGUAACACUUAUUGCUCGCUUAAACUAUUUUCAAGAUGGAGAUGUGCAAGAACCUAUACCAUAUGUAUCUUUGUGUUGAUCUAAUUUUCAAUUCCCUUCCUACCCAGCUGGCAGAGCUUGAUGACCUUGCGGCAAAGAUGAAUGCAGAGUUUGAGGAGGCGGAAGGAUUUGAUUUGGUGGUGGAAUAAACUCAUAGGUCAUCCACAAAGACUUCGACAUGUAACUACAAAGCCUUUUUGCCAAGAUUGGAGAAAGUACACAUUUGUAAUUUCUAUGAUUGAAUUUCAAAGGCAAUGAGGCGUUAAAGUAGUUGAUAUUUGCAUGAAUAUGGCACCUAUGGGAACAACAAACAUAGGAUUACCUUACAAUACAGAGAUGUAGAUAGGCUUUUUCACCGUUCUAAAUGUGAGAUUGGUUUCAAAACUGACCUAAUGCGAGUUGUGUAAUCUUAAAACCGGAUUCUAUCUUCACUGAUGUUCCUGUCACUUUGAUAGGUUGAAUGAUAUUUCUUUUCUUUUUGAGACUACAACUUCAUUAGGUCACAGGGACAUCAUCUUGUGUUGAUGAGCACCCUUUAUAUUUUAAAUGAUUGUUAAAUCAUUGUAAAUUGGAUUACAGACAGCGGGUGUGUUUUAACCUGUAAGACGUAUUUACAAAGCAUAUUCUGUGAUGUUGAGAUUACAGCUGUUUGUUUUUUGUUUUUUACUUUGUUAGUUUCCUAAGUGUUAGAAUUUGGGACAGAAGAUGUCCAAACUAAUAAUCUUUAUCAUGGCAGCUUGUCAUGUCCUACAAUGAUUUCAGAACUUGUGCUUUUGGAUUUGAUUGAACCUGCAUGUCAUGCAUCCACCAAUCACAUUUGUUCCCUAGAGGGUGCUCUCACCCUCUCAUUGUGGCUUCUUCAUCACUGUUUUAACAUAAAAAAAAAAAAAUUGUAAUUAUCUUUAUUCCUCUCAUAUGAUUGUUUUGAUAUUAGUGAUUAAGACUUUAUCUGAUCACAUGUAUUAUCUGAUCUAAAACACUUCUUCUUAUUGGCUGACUUCUUCUCCGUGACCGACUCCAGUAUAUCCUAUGGUUGAAGAGGUCUCUUCCUGCAUUUUUUUGUUGUUGUUGUAAGGACUAGCAUAUAGUUGUGUUGCUUUUUGCGAAUUUCUGUUUCAUGAAUAUAAUAAAUAGUUUGAGCUAA